AUGCCACUGGCGCUGCCGCCGCACGUAGCGCACCUUCAGUCCUUCUCCGCGCGCUCGCCGACUGCAAUCGUUGCCGCUUUCCUCGUCUCCUCCGCUCUCUCCGCUCUCGCUCAGUCGCCCGAGCACUCGCUGCUCAUCGCCGCCGUUUCGUGGGCCCUGCUAUGGACAUACAGUAGUGCGCGCAUCGGUCUCUGGACCGGUUGGGAUAAUGCGCUCAGGAGGCGGUACAGCUGGACCGCCGGCGCUCUGCUUGCUCUUGCCGCAGUCUGCGAGCAGACGGCACACGACCAGGAAGGCAUAUGGUGGACCAAGGCGCUCCUUCCAGCAACGCUGUGUGCGCUGCGCUCCGCCGAUGUCGUCGCCCGCAGCUCCCCUUUCAUGACCAUCGAGGACCUCCAGGGCCCGGACGCCGGCCGCUACGACAUUUCGAACCGGAUGCUGGCCGUGCUGACUGUGGCAGGCGCAGGCGGGCUCAGCGUCGCAACAAUCCUGCCGCAUGUGCUGGCCCUGUCGCUGUGCAGCGCGCUUCUGACCAGCAUUGCGCUGCUGGUCAUCGAGCAUGCCAUAACCUCGAUCAGGGACUACAAGCCAAGCAUGAGUAACGGCCCGUCGCCCAUCAUCCCGAUGCGGCCUCGUUCCAACACCGUGAUCCGGUCUGACGCCUGGUUGGUGUCCCUGAGGGAUACGUCGGCCGUCGUUGCGCCCGCCUGCUUCGUGCUUGCCUUCAUCGUCGAGCGCAGUUUCAGGACCGACACGAUAUACCACGGAUUGAAUAACGAUGACGCAGUCGGCGUCUGGGAGCAUCCGGGAUGGCUGUGGGCGCUGCAGUAUGGGUUGCAACUAGCCUCUAUGUCUGCAGUCAAGCACUUGACGCUCUUCUCGAUGAUCCGCCAGGCUGGAGCUUUUCCUACUGCCUGCUCGACGGUGGCUGCCCUUCUCGUUGCUCGUUCUUAUGCUGCUCCGUCCUUCACGAGCUUCUGGUUCGCUUUCAUCUACAGCGGUGCCGGCGCUCUAUCCUUGUUCAACCCUCCGGCCGGCAGCAUGGUGCUAGCUAAACAGUUUCUGACCGUGCUAUCGGUGGUCUCCUUCGUUUUGCUUAGCAUAGGUUAUUUGCGCCAAUCGGUUUCGAAGUUCGACCCCCUCUACGGCGCCGCGCCCCAUGAUCAAAACACCGAAUUUGCGCCACCAGGCGAUGCCCUCCGCCCGCUUGCGCUCCCUUCGCCCGAUGUGCACCCUAUCGAACAUUUGGUCAAGGGCGCAGAAAAGAACUGGGAGCAAGUAUUGUCACGCCAAUCGCAAACCCUGGGCGAUGCCGUGGCCGAGUACCGACGGCGCUAUGGAGUUCCGCCGCCUCCCAACUUCGAUCGGUGGUUUGAUUUCGCGAAGAGGAAAGGCGUCCCGCUUAUCGACGAUGGCUACGACUCGAUCUAUCAUUCAUUACUACCGUUUUGGGCGCUGGAACCGGCUACAAUCCGCUCCCGCGUCAGGGAAGCCAUUGGCCAUAGUGAAAAUGCUCUUAUCGGGUUGUUGAUCAGGGACGGCCAAGCUACGCACGUCGAAGGCGGCCAAGAUUGGCAGAGAGAGGCGACGUUGGGUAUGAUGAAAAGCUUUCUCGCUUUCCUUCCGGACAUGGACCUUGCUUUCAACAUUCACGAUGAGCCCCGCGUCGUUGUACCGAAUGACGAGCUGUCCCGCCUUGUGGAACGUGCCAAGAAUGCCCGCACGUCUGUGGCUUCAGCCAUCGAGCCGCCGAAGAAUCAGUUCUCUAAGCGUCCGAAAGACAUGAACAGUGGUAAACGAAUUGAGGAAGUCAAAACGACCCGCUUCAACCGGUUUGCGCAUCAAGGAACUUGGACACAUUCUCGCCUCUCCUGCCCGCCAGAAAGCCAAUCGCGGAGCCUCGACGAACAUCCAAAGGAUAACUUGACCGCGUAUGCCGCCGGUGAUCUUGGCUUCAUCUACAAUGCUUCAGCCUUCUCGGACAUCUGCAACUCUCCUUCGUUAUCCUCUACUUUCGGUUUCUUCGACCGGCCAAAUGCCUUCAAUCUCGUACAGGAGCUCUUCCCCAUCUUCUCGCAGAGCAAGAUAAGCAGUUAUCAGGAUAUCCUGUACCCAAGUCCGUGGUACUGGUACGGGAAGGUGCCGUACGACAGAGAACGGGAACUUGCAUGGGAGGACAAGGCAGACAGCCUUUACUGGCGAGGUUCAACAACCGGUGGAUUCAGCCGUAACGGUGGCUGGCGCCGCCAGCAUCGCCAACACGUGGUUUCUCGCUUGAACGAGCCCGGCAAAGCCAACAUCAUGGCGCUGCACGACGAAGGUAACGGCCCCGUUUGGGCUCCCAAGACGGUGUCUAGGAAGGACUACGCGGAACUCAUGGACGUCCACUUCUCGCACAUUGGCCAGUGCGACCCUGGUGACUGCGACGCCCAGCGGGAGUACUUCAAGCUGGCACCGGCAGCGGACCAGCAGGACGCCUGGUCGUACAAGCAUCUUCUCGACAUGGAUGGAAAUGCUUUCAGCGGACGCUUCUACGCUUUCCUCCAGAGCAAGAGUAUGGUGUAUAAGAUGGCCGUCUUCCGCGAGUGGCACUCGGAUUGGCUGCAGCCGUGGCUGCAUUAUGUUCCCCUCUCCCUGCGGGGCGACGAGUGGCUUGAGACUAUCCGUUUCUUCUCGAGCAGUGAUGGAAGCGACGGCAAGAAGGUGGCUAAGAAGAUGGCGGACGAGGGGCGCGACUGGGCGGGGAAGGCGUUGAGGAAUGUGGAUUUUGAGGCUUGGUUCUUCAGGCUGCUGCUUGAAUACGGCCGCCUCAUCGACGACAACAGAGAUACGAUCGGAUACCCCGGCCCUUGA